AUGGCCAACAGCUCGAUUUGGACUCUCUUCUUUUUCUUCUCCUUGAUCGUCACUCUGUUCUGUUAUGUGGGAUGCGCAGGGAACAUUAGCUUUGCUUUUCCUCCCCAAACAAAUCUCAUGUUCUAUGACGAUUCUUACCUCGUUGAAGCAAGAGAAAUACAACUUGCCAGCAACUACACAUUUAGUGUUGGCUGGGCCACUCUCUACGAACCAGUUCCUCUAUGGGACAAUUCAUCUAGGGCUCUCGCAAGUUUUACAUCAUAUUUUCAGUUCAGUUUCGGAAACAUAACCAUGUUUUCAGGGGACGGGCUCACUUUCUUCAUUGCUCCUUUCGACUCUAAACCACCAGUGAAUUCUUCGGGCGAAUGGCUGGGCCUCUUUAACAUUAGCACAGAUGGUAAACGUUCAAAUCAUGUAGUGGCCGUCGAGUUCGACGUAAUCAUGAACAAAAAACAUCAUGACCCCGAUGAUAACCAUGUGGGAAUAGACGUCAAUUCAGUUGUUUCCAACGCCACCGUUCCGCUCAGCUCUCUGGGUCGAUUCGGAAACAAUACUCUGCGCAAUGGGACAGCUUGGGACGCGUGGGUGGAUUACGAUGGGAGUACGAUGGAGCUCAAGGUAUUUCUUCUAUAUAACCCUUCUGCUAGUCUCAAUAAUAUUUCUAAACCAAGAAGCCCAAUUUUGAAUUAUCCAAUAGAUCUGCGUCAAUAUAUCCCGGAGAAGGUCAGGGUUGGCCUUUCCGCAGCCACUGGAUUGGCAGUUGAAACUCAUAUUGUCCGAGCUUGGAAUUUCUCUUCUUCCUUGCCAUUAAGAACUCAAAAUAAUAGGCAGAAAAUUAUCCUAAUAUUCCUCUUAGUCUGCUCCCUGGGUAUCUGUUUGUUUGUUUUUAUUGCCGGCCGGUGGUAUUUCAAAAAGAGAGAAACGAGACGGGAUGAUCAAGGUGAGGAGGAAGAGAUAGAGCUGGAUGAACAGUUCGCUCAAGGCCCCUUCAAGUUCUCUUAUGCUCAACUCAGCGCCGCUACACGUAACUUCAACAAGGAUGAAAUACUGGGGAAAGGAGGCUUCGGAGCUGUCUACAGAGGUAUGCUACCUACAACGAACGAGACGGUGGCUAUAAAGAGAAUAUCCCAAGGAUCGAGCCAGGGAAAAAAAGAAUACAUCUCAGAGGUUACAAUAAUCAGUAAGCUGAGACACCGUAAUCUUGUGCGACUCUUGGGCUGGUGUCAUGAACAAGGCGAGUUGCUUCUUGUUUACGAAUUCCUCCCAAAUGGAAGUCUGGAUAAGUAUCUAUUCGACGAAAGCAAGGAUUGUUUGAAUUGGGAUGCACGGUACAGCGUUGCUUGUGGGAUAGCCUCUGCUCUUAUUUACCUUCAUGAAGAGUGGGAUCAGCGCGUUGUUCACAGAGACGUGAAGGCCAGCAAUGUGUUGUUGGACUCGAAUUUUAAUGCAAAGCUGGGGGAUUUUGGUCUGGCCAGAGUGGUAGAAUCUGAUCUCGCCGCCUCCCGGACAACCGUGGUUGCAGGGACACGUGGAUAUAUGGCACCAGAGUAUCUGGAAACUGGGAAGGCGAACCCAGAAUCAGACGUGUAUAGCUUUGGAGCUAUGGCUUUGGAAAUUGCCUGCGGAAGGCAACCCAUUGACUACAGCCUGGAUGAAUACAAUUUCAGAGUGGUGGCCUGGGUUUGGGACUUGCAUAGGCAAGGGAAGCUUUUGGAUUCGGCAGACAAAAAGCUAGAGGGAUGUUUCAAUAGUAAGGAAAUGGAGGUAGUGAUGCUGGUGGGAUUGUUGUGUUCUCAUCCGGACCCAAAAGCGAGACCCACGAUGAGAGAGGUAUUAAAGAUAUUGAAGUUUGAUGCUCAAAUGCCGUAUGUUCCCCUGAAUAUGCCUGUAGCUAUCUAUGGCGACGCUCUUACUUCUCAUGUUGGGUCCUCCUCAACUGAGGUGCCUUCCACAUCCAACCCUCGCUCCUCGCGUUCUUCAGCUUCUGGAAAGAGCAAAGACAAAAUUUCCAGUCCUCUCAUAUCUGAAACAGAGGCACGUUCUUCGCUUCAAACUGGAUAGAUUGACUUUAUACGGGGUAAUAUAGCUAUAUGAGGGCAACAGUUGGUAUGUAUUACCAGGUAAUGUUCUAUCCUGUCAAAAUUGUAUUUGCUUUGUCUCUUGAUAUCAUGUGUGGGUCAGCUAAGU